AUGGGCGCCCGACCCGCACAGGCGCGCCGCACCGCCGCCGCCGCCGGCCCCCGCCGCCUGCUGGUGACGUGCAAGCAGCAAAACGUGCUGGUGGUGGGCAGCGGUGGCCGCGAGCACGCGCUGGCCUGGAAGAUGGCGCAGUCGCCAACGUGCGGCACGCUGUAUGUGGCCCCCGGAAACGCCGGCACACAGUUGGAGCCGAGCAUGGUGACCCUGCCGCAGCUCAACACGUCAAACCACCAGCAGGUCAUUGACUUUUGCCGCGAGAAGGGUGUGGACUUUGUGAUGGUGGGGCCCGAGCAGCCGCUGGUGGAGGGGAUGGUGGACGCGCUCACCGCAGCAGGCAUCACCGCAUUUGGGCCGACCGCAGCCGCAGCGCAGCUUGAGGGCUCCAAGGCAUUCAUGAAGAACAUCUGCAGGAAGUACAACAUCCCCACAGCGCAGUACGAGACCUUCACCAACCCCGCUGACGCCAAGGCCUUCAUCACGCAGUGCGGCGCCCCCAUCGUGGUCAAGACCAGCGGCCUGGCAGCAGGCAAGGGCGUGAUUGUGGCCCAGACGCUGGAGGAAGCGUACCAGGCGGUAGAUGACAUGAUGGUCAACAACGCAUUUGGCUCUGCGGGCGCCACCGUUGUGGUGGAGGAGUUCCUGAGCGGCGAGGAGGCUUCCUUCUUUGCGUUCAUUGAUGGCGAGAACUGCAUACCUUUAGUGGGGGCGCAGGAUCACAAGGCGGUGGGCGAGGGUGACACGGGCUUGAACACCGGCGGCAUGGGCAGCUACUCUCCCGCACCUGUGCUGACGCCCCAGAUUGAGCGGCAGGCAAUGGAGCAGCUGGUGUACCCCACCGCACGAGGCAUGUGCGCCGAGGGCACCCCCUUCCGCGGCGUGCUGUUUGCGGGGCUCAUGAUCAAGGAAGGCCAGGCCAAGCUGUUGGAGCACAAUGUGCGGUUUGGCGACCCUGAGUGCCAGUCCCUGAUGGUGCGGCUGCAGUCCGAUUUGCUCGAGUCGAUGCUGGCACAGUGCCGCGGCGAGCAGGUCAAGCUGGAGUGGAGCGCUGACCCUAGCUUGACGGUGGUGCUGGCGGCCAAGGGUUACCCGGGGCCAUAUAGCAAGGGCGGCGCCAUCCACAACCUGGAGGCCGUUACCGGCGCCAAAGUGUUCCACGCUGGCACAUCCAUGAAGGAUGGGCAGGUGGUGUCCACAGGUGGCCGCGUCCUGGGUGUGACCGCCACUGGCAAGGAUGUGCUGGAGGCGCAGCAGAAGGCGUAUGCGGCGGUGGACACAAUCGCCUUCCCAGACGGCUUCUGCCGUCACGAUAUUGGCUGGCGGGCGGUGGCGCGGCUGCGGGCGGAGCAGGCUCGAUAGCUCACUCCUGCCUGCCAUUUCAAGCGGCGUUGUGAUCCCAAUUUUGGCCUGUGACACUGUGUACUGACUUCUGAGUUAUUUGCUCCCUGUGAAAUGCACGCCGGUGGC